UUUAAUGUCAAAAGAAACCUUGACAAACAGAAAAUCAAAAUUUGACAAGUAGCUGUAAAAUAAACAUUAAAAUGUCUUUGGAAGAAAUAAAUAACACAAUUGAUAAUUUGGCCUUAGAUUAUUUAACUUUACUUGAACAAAACAUCCAAGAAAAUGUCAGUUUAGAACAAUCCAUAAAAGAUGGUAAUUAUCAUUUAGUAAAAGCAAGAUACAUCAUGGGUCAUCGAAAUGUUUCAUCACUCCAAUUACCUAAUGAAGAUAGUCCAGAUUUUAAAGCAAUGGUUAAAAUUACAGAAAAUGAAGUAGAAAAUAGUUUAGACGAUAAAUUUGAUCUUGAAAUAAAAAAUAAUACAACAAAUAACGGCGGUGAAGGUGAUAAUGAAGAUGUUGACAUUGUAAAUCCAGUUAAAUGGUUUGGAGUACUUGUACCACAAGAUUUAAAACAUGCUCAGUCUAAAUUCCAACAUGCGAGUCAUCAUGUGAAAAAUUGUGCAAAUAUUCAGUCGAAAAUUGAUGAUAUAAGUGAUAAAUUACUCUUUUUAUUGAAUGUUAAGGAUAGCGUUAACACUGAAGCAUAACUUGAGUCCUAAUUAUCAUGAACCCAUAAUCCUUUAGAUCAUUUACCUUAGUUCGAGGCAUUGAUGUCGCAGACAUUCUGGUUUGGCUGUUAAGAUAUUUGUCAUGUCCUUAAAGUACCGAAUGGAAAAUAAAAAAAUAGUGUUGUAAAUAUUUUGA